GGGGGGGGAGCUCUGUGAGUAUCCGAGCCGGAGAAAGAGGUGAGUCGCCCAGGACGGAUUGGAGCCCCCGGGAGCUGGGCGCGGCGGAGGCCCCAGCGUUGGCAUCCCUUUUGGUGCAUGUGCGGUAACAAUAUGUCUGUCCCCCUGCUCUCCGAUGCUGCGACUGUUUCAGGAGCUGAGCGGGAGACAGCAGCGGUUAUUUUUUUACAUGGACUUGGAGACUCAGGGCACAGCUGGGCUGAUGCUCUUUCCUCUAUCCGUCUUCCCUAUGUCAAGUACAUCUGUCCCCAUGCGCCUCGGAUACCGGUCACACUGAACAUGAAGAUGGUGAUGCCUUCCUGGUUUGACUUGAUGGGCCUGAGUCCCGAUGCCCCGGAAGAUGAAGCUGGGAUCAAGAAAGCAGCAGAGAGCAUCAAGGCCCUGAUUGAGCACGAGGUGAAGAACGGAAUUCCAGCCAAUCGAAUCAUCUUGGGGGGCUUCUCCCAGGGUGGAGCCCUGUCCCUUUACACAGCUCUCACCUGCCCGCAUCCCCUGGCUGGCAUCGUGGCCCUCAGCUGCUGGCUCCCCCUGCAUCGGGCCUUCCCUCAGGCAGCCAAUGGCACGGCCCGGGACAUGGCCAUCCUGCAGUGCCACGGGGAACUGGACCCCAUGGUGCCCGUACGCUUUGGAGCCCUCACCUCCGAGAAACUCAAGUCUGUCGUUCCUCCAGCCAAGGUCCAGUUUAAGACCUACCCUGGGGUCAUGCACAGCUCCUGUCCCCAGGAGAUGGCAGCUGUGAAGGAAUUCAUUGAGAAGCUGCUGCCCCCCAUCUAACAGAACCCAGCCUGCCCCCCUUCCCCCAGGCGGGCCGGAGGGGCCCUCAGCAGUAUCCGAGCUCUGAACGAGAAGUGGAAGCCAUGGCAGCCCGUCCCCCACCCCCAGGUCUUUGAGGUCAUGGGAGGAUCGGCCCCUCCCCCUUGGAGAUCAUCUUCCGAGCUCCUGUUCCCGAGCUCCCGUCCCUCUUUCCCUGUCCUGUCACUGUCCUGGGAGGCUGGGGAUAAAGGGCGCAGUCUCCGUCUCCUCAGCUGCCAUAGUCUGUCCUGUCCGAUCUUCCUGUCCCCCAGGGCCGCAGUAUUGCUAGGGGUGCGUGGGGGCCCAGCUGCUGACCCACUCAGGACCUGUACGUACCUCACGGGUCCAGCUUCUGGGUGUACCUCUCUCCUCUUCCCCCCAGGUGACCUCAGUGUUUGGGCAGGGGGGGCCUCCUGGCUCCCCCAACCCAGACACCCACUCCCCCCUCCUCCUGCUGUAGGGAGAGCUGGGGUCCCCCCUUCUUCAUUCAGAUAAUCACGUGUCUUCUGUUGCUUUCCUGUCCCCUUGCCCUCACCAUGAAUGUCUCAAUUCUUUCUGCUGACAAUGCGCCUCCCCUGGGCCCGAGGCCCCUGUUGCUGCUGUGCCCCUCCGUAAGGGAGGGGCUUGGGCCCAGGCCUUGGGGGUGGGGGUGGGGAGAGGGCAGGUGCAUCUGGGCUGAAGCUUCUCUCCCCAACCCUGCUCCCCACCAAAAAGAUCCCUGGUGGAAUCUCCUUCCAGUCCAGACACCCCCGUUUCUAGGCUGGGGGGAGCUGGGCCCUGCCCUCUGGGGGAAGGAUGGAGGACCUAUUCCCUGCCUCAGCUGGAUGGUGCCCAGAUGUUCUUGGCCUGUUCUCCUCAUCCCCUUCCCCCUAGGGAGGGGGCUGAGGCUCAGGUUCUGAGCCCAAAAGGGGCUCAUCUUCCUCCUCCUCCAUGUGGUUUUGGAUGUUUUCGUUUCUUGUUUUGUGUCUCCAAGUCAAAUCAGAUUAAAGAAAAAUAAACCUUC